UUGUGUGAAUGUGAAUGUACAUAGUAAAGCCUUUUCUAACUCCAAGUCCAACCAACCACUUGAGACUGGACUUGACUCUCACUUGUUCCAACCAUUAUCCACUCCUCUUCAGCAGCACAAUCCUCUCUCAGAUUUGAUUUGCAGAAAUGAGCAUUGUGCCUUUCCUUCAAUACUGGCUAGUCUACCAUCCAACCAUCCUCAACUUCUCAUGGAACCCACCUCACACCCCUGCCUCCUCCCCACUUUUCCUCUCACUCUCCAUCUUCACCUACCUCUCCCUCACUCUCCUCCUCUCCCUCCUCCCUCUCCCACCCUUCCCUCCCCGCCUCCUUAAACCCAUCACCGCCCUCCACAACCUCCUCCUCCUCCUCCUCUCCCUCACCAUGUCCCUCGGCUGCACCCUCACCAUCCUCACCCACACUCCUCAAUUCCGCUUCACUAUCUGCUUCCCACCCGGAACCAAGCCCAAUGGGCCCUUAUUCUUCUGGGCCUACAUCUUCUACCUCUCUAAACUCCUCGAAUUCCUCGACACGCUUCUCAUCAUCCUUUCUCGCUCCAUCCGACGCCUCACGUUCCUCCACGUGUACCACCACUCCACCGUGCUUCUCAUGUGCUACCUCUGGCUCCGAACCUCUCAGUCGCUCUUCCCCAUCGCGCUCCUAACUAACUCCUCCGUCCACGUCAUCAUGUACGGUUACUACUUCCUCACCGCCGUCGGGUCACGGCCUAAGUGGAAGCGCGCCGUCACCGAUUGCCAGAUCGUGCAGUUUCUCUUCAGCUUCGCCGUGUCCGGCGUGAUGCUGUACUACCACUUCUCCGACGACGCAGGGUGCUCCGGGAUGUCGGGUUGGUGCUUCAAUGCUCUUUUCAAUGCUUCUCUUUUCGCUCUCUUCCUUGAUUUUCAUCUUAAGAGUUAUAAUGCCAAUAAUAACACAAAGAAACGCUCUGUAGAUUAGAUAGAAGGAAAUGCUCAAUUGGAAAUGAAUGAAUGAGAUUCACUUUUUGUAUUGUAUGUUACAAGUUUAUGAUUAUGUUGAUUGCUGCAAUCUCUAUAUUGGUUGUGUGCAUUGGGAAUA